AUGGAGUCGGCGCUCGAUCACCAUAACACCGGCCGAGAUCCAGCUCGUCACCGUAGGGCGGAGAGAACACAUGCAGAAAGAGAGGGUCGCGUCGAGGCGGUCGAAGCUCCAGCCAAAAUAACAGUCUGCCGGAAUCUCUUCGGAGAGAACGCAUCCCCGGCGAAGCCCGACUCAUCUGGGCCUGUGAUUCGGCUCGAAUCGACCCAAAAUUGGGUCCGGAAGGAGCCUCUCUCUACUGGAGAGGAGAAGCGCCUGGGCAAGCGUCCGGUCGGAGGCGAGGUGGGAGAGCCUUCCGCAGAUGCUCCGGCGUUGCAGCAGGCUCAUGAGAAGCGACGGUGUGCUCCAAAUCGACAUAAGUCAGAGAAAGAAUCUUUGGCAGAGGAGGAGAAGAGUUUCGCCAGAGCCAGGUGGUGUAAGGCGUCGGUCGCAGAGGUCAGGGCAGUAAAUAAAGCGAGCCUUUGGAACACGGUGAAUCCAACAGCGACGGCGAUGAUGCCGGCGAUAGCUCAGAAGGAAAAUUCCACGGCUGAGCUUCGUGUGCAGGGAGAGAGAGAUGGGCCCGAUUUGGGCCUUGAUGGGAUUCGGAAAUGGGCUUGGGCCCAAAAGACAUAA